AUGAGUUUGGAUCGUGUCAUUCAGGAUUCUGACGAGGACGAACCCCUCGAGGUCGACGACCUUCCCACCUCGGUCGGCCCUGUCCACCCCUCCGAGCCCGCAUUGCAGGAAUAUCAACAUGCCCCCGCCAAAGAGACGACCCACAAUGCAGUAUAUGAACAUGGGCCUGCUCCCGAUGAAACCACGUUCUCGCAGCUGAACGUCAAUUUUGACGAGUUCCUCCAAUCGCCAGAAAGGGGCCAUUCGAUGCUAUCGUCGUCGCAGCAGCGGCGGGAGGACAAAUGGAUCCCCUCAACCAGUGAGGGUGGAAGUGGGUCGGUUGGCGCCAUGAUGACGGAGAUCGGAAUUGCGCAGAGAAGACUACUAGACGACGACCCUUCAAGUGCGAGCCUACUGCUCCCUUCUACAGCUGCGCUGUACUCGACAGAAUCCUUUCAACCUGCACCUUUUCCUACCAUACCAAGCUACCACUCGUAUCAUAUGGAUCAACCGGAUAGUGGCAGCUUCACAUAUAAUCCAGCACCCAUUGGCGCCUACGCCGAUGCAAAUCAGACUUUGUUGUUCACCGGACGGGGUACCUAUGACUUGACUCCACCUGACACCACUAAUUUAAUGGCUUCGCCUUCGAAAAUCAUUCCUCACCAAGCUACCGAGCCCUUCGUGGAACAGGGGAAUCCACCCCCAAACCCACCCCAGGAAGCCUCACAGCCCAAAUCUCAGCAGACGGGUCCUUCUUCCCCCCAUGACACCGAGCCUCUCUCCUCCGUUGCAUCCAUGCGAUUCAGCGAAGCAAAAAGCAAUACCGCCGGAACCAGUCUCAUUUCCCCGCAGCAAUCCCCGUCAAGCGCGCACGAUGAGCUCGCUCUGCCAGCUGUCCUACCAACUGCGCCAGACGUCGAGACGCCCGGUACAACGAAGAAGCGAGGACGGCCCAAGAAGAAACCUGUGCCAGAUAACGAUGAAGACGAUGAACUAGCCAACUCUCGGGAUCACGAAUUCAAAAACCCUGGCGCAAAUGGUGCGAUUGACCCCUCCGAUAGCGAAGAGACCACGGAAGAUAAUACCCCGGCCUCGAGUGGAGUCUCCGACGAGACUGACGAAGAUAAUCUAGAUGCGCCCCCCAAGCCUGCAAAAUCAGGACCCAAGGAGCCGAAAAAGAAGAAAGCUAAAAAAAGCAAGACGACACCCACCCCCGUGCCUGAUACCGAUGACGACGUGAUAUGGGUGGAUACGAAGCCUCUCAGCUCGGAACCUUCAACGGAUAAAGACACUCCGCUGCCAGAAGCCCCGAGAGAGAAUUUAGACUCCAAUGUUUUGAACUCAAAACCCCGUAUUGAACCUCAGGCACCGAUUCCCGCAGCUGAAGAGAAGACACAAAAAGCCGAAAAACCACCACUCAAGAAACGCGGCCGCAAGCGAAAGCAGACAACCGAUCAAGCGGAGACACCAUCAGAGUCCGCAGAUACACCAGAACCAAAGAAGGUGCCCUCGGGAGCCCAGACUCCUGCGUCAAAGUUGGCUGUCGUUGUCGAUAAUAGUCCCAGAUCUAUGUUGGAGGCUAACACUGGUAACAUCGAUGCAUCUGCUAUUCAAAGCGAGAACCAGAACCCCCAUUCACUUGCUGGUACUGGCCCUCUUCCUGAAUCCACAAUUGAUACUCCUCAGCCUCAGCCUCAGCCUCAGCCUGAGACUCCUUCGAAGCCCAGUGCUGCAUCUGUCAAUACACCUCAGAACACAGACAAAGGCCCGGAUAAACACAGCCCCAUAUCGGCGCGGAGUGGGGUGCCUUACCGCGUGGGAUUGAGUAAGAGGGCGAGGAUUGCGCCGCUGCUUAAGAUGGUGCGAAAAUAG